AUGGACUACAAAGCAGACCGUCAGACGCGAGAGGUAUACCGGUAUUUCCAGCCUGAAAAUCCAGCGGCGCUUAAUGCCACACUUCAUCAGUUCGAUGAACAUGUGGGCUCAAUAGCAGACUUUUCAAGAGUGACAACCCCUUUUCUACCCGAUACCUCUGAUCCAAGGACAAAUUAUGUUGAAGGCAACUUUCCAUCAAGUCCAAAUACAACUUUGACUUCUUUUGCACAACUGGCCGCUCUGCGGCUGAACGCACAGCGUGCUGUAUUGAACGCCGACGCUCAAUUUAUAUUGGCCGAGGCCACAAGAAACACUAAUCUAAAAAGCUCCAAGUCAUCCGAAGGAGAAGGAGAUAUACUCUUCGCUGGAACAUCAACAUUGUCGAAUGCUUGGAAUAUAUGCCAGGAAACAGUUGCAAUGGGCUCGGAGAACGAAGAUGGAUUGUAUUCGUUUAUGAUUGUCAACGAUCUUCACCAGGAAGAACGGUUCAGAGAAUUGCCUUUUGUGACACAGGAGCCACACUCUCAUUUUUAUGCCGGAACGCCUCUAACCAGUGAGAGCGGUAUCAAUCUAGGAUGUCUGUUUGUAUUGGACUCUGAACCUCGCCAGGGGCUAUCUGAUAUCGAGAAGGAUACAUUAGGGAAAGUGGCAGAGUUGGUAAUGGACUAUUUAUUGGUUAGUCGUCAGGCUGCAGAGGGGCGGCGCGCCUCGCGGCUAUCGCGUGGUCUCCAUCUUUUUGUCGACGGCAACUCCAGUUUUCCCAGCAAUGCUCGCAUGUCAUCUCAGUCGAACAGCUCGGCUCACUCAGCUCAGAGUUUGUCCCCGCGGGUAUCACCUCACUCAAGAGCCAGUCGAUCUAUAAGCUUCCAAACCAAUGAAAGGGAAUUUCCCUCAGCACGGUCUAGGUCAGGCAAUGCAUCUCAAAACGCCGACUCACGAGCACUGAGCCCGGUCUCGAACCAGAAUGACCCGUCUGUCCCCCCUAGUCCAGCAGGAUCAUUGCAAAGCUCGCGAUAUGGCGACAAUGGCUCGGAGGACUCCUCGAGCAGCAACCGCUGGCUUUUCCAACGUGCUGCGAACCUCUUACGACAAAGUCUGGACUUGCACGGUGCUGGUGGUGUUAUGUUCAUGGAGGCUUGUGACAACUCCUCCGAAUAUGUUGCAGCCGGUCAUUGUGACUCCACUGAGUCUACAAGUCCAGCCCCUAUUCUUGCGCUGUCAACCAGAGAUGAUCCAUUUUUCUACCAGACAAGCUCGGAAUCGUCAGAUCCAGCUGUCAGCCUUGAUAAUGUCUUCCUCAAGCAGUUGACCCAUCGAUAUCCCAAAGGGAAACUCUGGUCAUUCCAUCACGAUGGGACCUUUUCAACUUCGGAGGAUCAAUUAAUCGACGAGUCUCGGAAACAAAGGAAAAAGUCCAGGGUUUCAGAAACCAGCAAACUCAAUAAGUUCUUCCCUGACGCAUCUCAAGUUAUGUUUGUCCCACUUUGGAAUGCCACAGAUUCCCAGUGGUUCGCCGGAUGUUUUUGUUGGACUCCUCAACCGACGCGAGUUUUCAGUCCUAUCGUUGAUCUGAGCUCAGUAUUUGCGUUCGGAUCCUCUAUCAUGACUGAAUAUAGCCGUGUUGAAUCAGUUAUUGCAGACCGCCAAAAGGGAGACUUCAUAAGCAGCAUCUCCCACGAACUACGCAGCCCGUUGCAUGGUGUCUUGGCUGCGGCCGAGUUUUUUGGAAGCACGAGCUUGGAUCAAUUUCAGGAAACUCUCCUUGAUACGAUAAAUGCAUGUGGCCGAACUCUCUUGGAUACAAUGAACCAAGUUUUAGACUUCAGCAAAAUCAUGUCAUUGGAAAGACACAAGAAAGCCUUGAAGCAUGGAAAAGAUACGUUGAAACCCAAGCACCGGGAGGAAACUGUGGAGCGCCUGGAUACAUUGGUCUUGACAGACGUCGCUCUUUUGACAGAGGAUGUUAUAGAUAGCGUGUGCUUGGGCCAUUCCCACAUACAGAGGUCAGCCAUAUCCACCAAUCACCACACAGACGCCUCUUCGACAUCUUCUUCCCUUUCACCAAAAGAUGACAUCCUAGUCGAUCCCAUCUCACAAGUGGCUGUCAUCGUUGACAUCCCUGAUAAUGACUGGAUGUACAAAGUCCAGCCAGGAUCGCUGAGACGCCUAAUCAUGAAUAUCCUUGGCAAUGCACUGAAGUAUACCAAAAAAGGUCGGAUAUCCGUCCGUAUGGAGGCCAGUGAGCGUUCCAAAGGGCGCUCUCGACGCCAAGGCCUCGAAGACAUGGUGACAUUGACCAUAUCAGAUACGGGCAAGGGCAUCUCGAAGGGUUAUCUUCAGAAACACCUGUUUACUCCGUUCUCACAAGAGGAUCCGCUAUCAGUAGGCACUGGUCUCGGUCUAUCAAUUGUUCGCGGCAUUGUGAAAACUCUCAACGGGAAAAUCAAUAUUCGAAGCCGACAGGGUGAAGGCACUACCGUUAAGGUGUCGCUUCCCCUAGAACGUCUAGUGGGAGAUGAUAGCCCACAACCCACGUCUGCUGUGGAAAAUGCAGACCAUAAUAGACUUGCACCAUAUCCUCAACUCCGACGUCUUGACUGUAAUGGGAAACGUGCAGCUAUCUGGGGAGUCGAUCCGUCUGAUGUUGAAGAGCACCCGUUUUGGGCUUCCAUAGCCCGGUAUAUCACAGAUUGGUAUGGUCUGCAGCUUGUUCCUGUGUUUGCCGAAGAGCCUGUUGAUAUCAUGUUUGUGAAUGAAAUGGAUUUGUCUGCGAAAGAAAUGCAGAAUUUCCCAGCAGCAUUGCCAAGCUUGCUUAUUUUUUGUAGUGAGACAAGCAACCAUGGUGAUGCUAGGGCACAGUGGUCGCAUCUUGCUGACUAUGUGGUGAUUCUCCAUGGACCUUGUGGUCCACGAAAACUAUACCGCGGUAUUUUGAGCUGUCUUCAUGCAAAGCCAACAAUAUCUACGCCGAGGCCGCAGAAUUUCCAACAAGGCUUGGUAUUCCCCGAGCGACCCGCUCUUGCAGUUUUGCCUUCAUCAGCUGAAGAUUCAAGCCCCUCAUCAUCAGGAAAUGUACGAUCACCAGCUCCUGAUUCGUGUUUUCUCACCACGGAGUCCAGAAACGACACCAUCGAUCCCACGGAGCGUAGUGAUUCUGCGUUGACAUCGUAUACCGACAACUCUGCUCGGACAUUGUCCGGGAGUACUGAUUCCACCAAUCCCACGUCUUCUUCGUCUACACGACCUUCCUUUGGUGAUUCAGGUCAAGCUAGCACCUCAGCUGGGAGCAAAAGCAGACCCCGUGUCUUAGUGGUAGAUGACAACAACAUCAACCUUCAUCUCAUGGUGACUUUCAUGCAAAAACGAAAAGUGAUGGUUCUAGAUAGGGCCGGGAAUGGCAGGACGGCCGUUGAUGCGUUUGAAAGGAUGCCACAGGGAUACGACCUUAUUUUCAUGGACAUGUCUAUGCCGGUCAUGGACGGAUUUGAGGCGACACGUGCCAUUCGUGCGGUUGAGAAAGAAAGAGAUGGCUGUGUUCCGGCAACAAUCAUUGCUUUGACAGGACUCAGCAGUUCAUUCGAUGAGCGCAGAGCCUUGAACUCAGGGGUGGACCUUUUCCUUAUGAAGCCUGUUUCUUUCAAGGAAGUAUCAAGGCUCGUUGAUGAAUGGGAAGCUAAAACGCGGAAAUAG